UUUUGGCUUAUUCAUCACCAGAGUUGCAUACAUUUUCUUAUUGCAUUAGAACAAAAAGAGCAAAACACUUUGGCAAAAAGAAAAUGGUUGUCACAAAUACAGCAACUGUCGAGUCCAAUUAUGACCGGAAAAGUGAGUUAAUGGCUAUUGACAGGUCAAAAGCCGGCAUAAAGGGACUCGUUGAUGCUGGAUUAGCAAAGCUCCCACAAGUUUUCGUGCAUGAUCACUUGAAACUUGAGAUGGAGUCAGGGCCUACAAACGCCAACGUCGAGAUUCCAGUCAUUGACUUGGCAGGUGUCAACAAUGACUCCACUCGACGGGCAGAGAUAAUUGACCAAAUCCGAGAUGCUUGCCAAAAAUGGGGAUUCUUCCAGGUGGUUAACCAUGGAAUCCCUGUAACUACCCUGGAGGAGACACUCAACGGUAUCCGUAGGUUCCAUGAGCAGGAUCCUGAAGCAAAAGAAGAGCUCUACUCCCGUGAUGAUUCCAAGAAGGUCACGUUCAACACUAAAAUUGAUAUGUCACAAGCCCUGACUGCCUACUGGAGGGAUACCCUGACUUGUGUCAUGGCCCCGCAUCCCCCUGCUCCUGAAGAAUUGCCUUCAGCCUGCAGGGAGAUUAUGAUUGAUUACACAAACAAUGUCAUGAACUUGGGGCUUGCCCUAUUCGAAUUGUUAUCAGAAGGUCUUGGGCUCAACUCAAAUCACCUCAAGGACAUUGGUUGCGCAGAGGGACUUUACAUUAUGGGUCAUUACUACCCUGCAUGCCCUGAACCUGAACUGACUAUGGGCACAGGUAUCCACACUGACAGUGGUUUCCUCACUGUGCUCCUCCAGGACCAAAUGGGUGGCCUCCAAGUCCUCUACGACAAUCAAUGGAUAGAUGUUACCCCAAUCCGUGGAGCUCUUAUAAUAAACCUGGGAGAUCUGCUACAGCUCAUGACAAACAACAAGUUUAUUAGCGUCUAUCAUAGAGUGCUGGCGAAGACUGUUGGCCCUAGGAUAUCGAUUGCUAGCUUUUUCCGAACAUAUAUUCAGCCAGACAACGCCCUGAGAAUGUAUGGACCAAUAAAGGAGCUGCUUUCGGAAGAAAACCCACCACUUUACAAGGAAACCAAUGUGGUCGACUACUUCAAAUUCAAGCACGUAAAAGGUGUAGAAGGGACCUCAGCCCUGGCACAUUUCAAGCUCUGAAAGAAUAUCAGGAUUGACCAUCAAUAGAUGCUUUCAUAUGGGUCAAUAAAUUUAAUCCCAUCUUAGUACGGGAAUUAAUUGUCAAGUGUCUCUUUCUAUUUCCUAGCCUAUGCAUGUACUUGAUAAUAAGUAAAGUUCAAGGAUGGAAGUCCCCUCCAUUGUUGAAUAUCUGUUAGCGCCAGCUGCCUAGAGAUGCUUUUCGUCUCAGCAAUUCAUCGA